AGUAAACAUCGCAACUUCCGGUCUGACGAACGGAGCAGCGGCUAACAGUGCGGCUAAGAGGAGGAGAUUGUGAGUUACAGCACUUGAAUGCUGUUAGAGACACCAAAAGCCUCCAGCCGCAUCUGCAUAGGAAGGUAAAGGAGCUUGGAAGCUGAAAUCUGUAGCAAAGCUGAAGGAAUCCUGAAAACACUGCAGGACAAGAGAAGAAGAAAAGUAGACAACAUGCAAAUGCACAGGGACCAUUCUGGGGCCAGGCUUCUCAUUCUCAUGUUCUCCAUAUUCCUGAUUUCUCACUAUCCUUUUGUGUUAUCUGCGCAUCCUGAGUCCGUGGAUCCUGGGGGCCCUGUCAUACUGAUCAUUGGAUCUGGUAUCUCUGGACUCACAGCCACUGAGAAGCUGCACAAACAUGGCUUCCAAAACAUAAAGAUCCUGGAGGCUACUGGGAGAACAGGAGGCCGGAUCCGGACACAGAAAUUCGCAAAGGGCCUGGUUGAGAUUGGUGCACAGUGGAUCCAUGGACCAUCUCAAGAGAAUCCUGUCUUCCAGAUUGCAUCACAGUUUGGUCUAUUAGGCCCUGAUGCCAUGCGUGAGGAGAACCAGAAAAUAGAUUUGGGAGGUCACCCCUCUGGCAUCCCAGUUAUCUAUAGUAGCUCUGGAAAACAGAUUAGCCCAGAAGUGUUCCUGAGCAUCAGCGAUUCAUACUCGUCUUGGCUGGAGAAAGCACGAAAUGUCUCAAAAAUCGAUUGCGAUCCAGAUGCCAGUGUGGGAGGUUUCCUACGACAAGAGAUUGCCCGCAGCUCACCCGAUUGGGAUAAAGCAUCGGUUGGAAUUAAUAUGGCUUUGUUGAAGGGGCUGCUCGAUAUGGAAUGCUGCAUCGUGGGAACCCAUAGUAUGGACCAUGUGGCACUUUGUCCCUUUGGAGAGUAUAUAACAUUUCCAGGGCUGGAUUGCACCUUUCCUAAGGGCUUUGAAAGCCUUGUGGACCACAUUAAAGCAGAGCUACCCAAUGACACCGUAUUACUGAACCAUGCAGUGAAGAGCAUUCACUGGAAUGGAUCCUUCCAAGGCAGCGACUUUCGUGUGUAUCCUGUGCAGGUGCAGUGUGAGGAUGGAAACACCUUUGUGGCUGAUCACGUCAUUGUCACUGUUCCAUUAGGAUUCCUGAAGAAAAGAGUCAUGGAUAUCCUGAGCCCUCCUCUGCCACCAAGCAAAAUUCAGGCAAUUAAGAAUUUGGGAUUUGGAGCCAUUAAUAAGAUCCUGCUGGAAUUUGAAAAACCCUUUUGGGACCCAAACUGCACGGGAAUUCAGCUGGCGUGGGAAGGUGAUUCUCUUACUGAUCCUGAAAAAGAUCUGAAGCAAAACUGGAUGAAAAAACUGCCUGGAUUUGUGGUCCUAAAACCACCAGAUCAGUCUGGUCAUGUGCUGUGUGCAUUUAUAGCAGGCGAGGAGUCUAAAUUUAUGGAGACAUUAACAGAUGAAGAAAUCCUCACCACAAUGACUUCUCUUCUGAGACAGUUCACAGGGAACCCUGACCUUCCCCCUCCAAUCAGCAUCCUGCGCUCACAGUGGUAUAGCCAGCCUUAUACUGGUGGAUCUUACAGCCAUGUGGCAGUGGGCAGCACAGGGAAGGAUAUUGAUAUUUUAGCAGAGCCGCUGCCUACAGACAAAGAUGCUCUCAAGCCUUUGCAGGUUCUUUUUGCCGGAGAAGCCACAGAAAGAAAUUUCUAUUCUACAACGCACGGUGCUCUGAUGUCUGGCCGGAGAGAAGCGCAGCGUCUAAUUAGCAGAUAUCCAGUGCUGGGAGCUGCCCAUAGCAAAGCCAAGCUCUAGACAAACAGAGACAAUUAUCAAUUUGUACUAAUUAUUACUAGUCGAAGUUGAACAGUGCUUAAGUAUAAAAAAAAGUACCCUCAAUAAAAAAAACAUAUUUCAUAUUUCAUAA